AACAUAGGUUUCAUAAUUUCAAUGAAUAUCAUCAAUUUCGCCUCUUUAUUUCAGCAUAAGAAAUAAUCACACACACAGCUUUGAAAAUGCCCGAAAUCCUUACUCCUUCAUCUUCCUCUUCCUCUUCCUCUUCCCGGUGCAGUCUCCUCGGCCAACGCGGCUGCCACGACCGAAACUUGCGGAUUACUUCUACAGUAUCCUCAUUAUGUCAACCCCAUCCUCCUCCGACCCUUCCACUUCCUUCUUCUUUUCUGAUUUUUUCAUUCAUCCUCAAUUUCUGAACCAUAUAAAACCAUCUCUAGUAUCCAAUUUUCUCAAUGUUUUUCAUCCGUACACUUCCCCUUCCCCCAUCGCCCUCCUCCAAUCAACUUCGUCGCCUUCUAUUCCCCGCUUCUUCAUUUCCCGGCGCGCGCGGCUUUAGUUUGCUUCAAUUUCAGCGAAUGGAUUCGUUUUCCAGUUCCGCGAAUAGCCAUGCACCACCUGACUCUUCAUGUCGUGGUAAUUCUUGUGGUUGUGGAAGAGACAAGGAACAUUUGCGUGACAGAGAUAAUUGUUCAGAUGUAAUAUUUGUGGGAAGCUUUCGUGUGCAUCUAAAUCCCAAGGAACGUGAACCGAAAUCUCUAACUCCGCUUUCUGUUAAGAAAUGUGAUUAUGUUGAGGUGGGAAGUGAUAAGUUUGGGAUUUCUUCAAAUGAACCGAAAUCUUAUCAUUAUGAUGAGUGUCUACCUGUUUCUAGGCAAAAUACUAGGAGAAACCGGAUAGAUUUAGGGUCCAAAAGAGAUUUGAAGAGUAAUGCAAGAUCAUUUCAAGUAGAGAGGCAUGAAUUUUUGAAUGAUUAUUGUCAGGAGUAUGAAUCAUCUCUUCCUAUUCAUUUUGGGAAGAAAAAUGAAGUUUUUUUCUCAAAGCGCCAGUCCCUUGAUAUCGGUUCCAAAGAAUCUGUAGUUACGGACCAUUCGCUUCCCUUUGAACCACCAUUUGAUAUUUGUUUCCCUGGAGGAGGUAAUGUGAAACAUAGAAAUUUUUGGCGAGUUAAAGACAGUGGCACUGUGAAAGAUUAUAGACUGCUGAGGCCUGGAAUGGUUUUACUGAAGCACUAUAUCACUCCACCUGAACAGAUCAAUAUAGUGAAAACUUGUCAAAAGCUUGGUCUUGGGCCAGGGGGAUUUUACCAGCCUGGUUAUAAAGAUGGAGCAAAACUUAGGCUUCGUAUGAUGUGUCUUGGAUUGGACUGGGAUCCUCAAACAAGAAGAUAUGAAAACAAACGGGUUGUGGAUGGUAAUAAACCACCAGAUAUACCUCCUCCAUUUUCAUUUCUAGUUAAAAAUGCACUUAAAGAUGCACAUGCCUUCAUCAAGAACAAAUGCAAUAUAAGCAAUGUAGAAGACAUUCUUCCAUCAAUGUCUCCUGACAUAUGCAUUGCGAACUUUUACACAACGAGUGGAAGAUUGGGUCUGCAUCAGGACCGGGAUGAAAGCAAAGAGAGUCUUUCCAGCGGACUACCAGUCGUUUCCUUUUCUGUAGGCAAUACAGCAGAAUUCUUGUAUGGAGAUAAAAGAGAUGUGGACAAAGCAGAGAAGGUUGAACUGGAAUCGGGUGAUGUUCUAAUUUUUGGUGGCGAAUCUAGACACGUAUUUCAUGGAGUGUCUUCAAUCAUCCCAAAAUCGACACCUAAGUUUUUGCUUUAUCAUACUGGUCUGCGUCCUGGUCGUCUAAAUCUUACCUUUAGAAAGUAUUAAAACACUACCUCCUUGUUUAUGCUAUACAUAUGAAUGGCUGUUGUUUUUCAUUAGAUGUUCAUUUAUGGAGUCGUGUAAAUCUAUAAUUUUUUGCUAGUGCCAAAGAGGUUGGUUUGAA